AAUUUCUUUUAGAAGACCCCAAAAAGAAAAACGUAGGAAGAGCAAAAAAGAAAGAAAAAAAAAAAAAAAACACUAAUUUUCAUUCCCAUACUUUUGGCUUUGGGAUUUCAAGUGAUUCAGGACUUCCCAACCAGCCACAUUCUCUAAUUCCUUACCCUAUUACCCUAUAACCUUUUAGCUUUAGCUCUCUCUCUGUUAUACCAUAUACUAAUCUUAAUUCAACGAUAACAACACUUUAAUCUUCAAGCCUUUCCUAUUAUGGAAAACCAACAGCAACAGCAACUUCAGCCUCCCAUGAAAUCAAGAUUCAGUCGUGUCUGUGUAUUCUGUGGUAGUAGCCCUGGCAAGAAUCCUAGUUACCAGCUUGCUGCUAUUCAACUUGGCCACCAACUGGUGGAGAAGAACAUUGACUUGGUUUAUGGAGGAGGAAGCAUUGGUCUGAUGGGUCUGGUCUCUCAAGCUGUUUAUGACGGUGGCCGCCACGUGUUGGGAGUAAUACCUAAGACUCUUAUGCCAAGAGAGAUCACUGGAGAGACUGUGGGUGAAGUAAGAGCUGUAUCAGGCAUGCAUCAACGCAAGGCUGAAAUGGCUCGUCAAGCUGAUGCGUUUAUUGCCUUACCAGGUGGAUAUGGAACUUUGGAAGAAUUGUUGGAGGUCAUCACUUGGGCACAACUUGGCAUCCAUGACAAACCGGUAGGGCUUCUGAACGUGGAUGGAUACUAUAACUCACUUCUAUCGUUCAUAGACAAAGCCGUUGAUGAAGGGUUCGUUACCCCAGCUGCCCGUCACAUUAUUGUGUCUGCCCAAACUGCCAAUGAACUCAUGUCCAAGCUCGAGGAAUAUGUACCAAGGCAUUCAGGGGUAGCCCCAAAGCUAAGUUGGGAGAUGGAGCAACAACUGGGAUAUACUCUAAAGACAGAUAUUGCGCGUUGACAUGUUCAAUUAUUUGAUCCAAAGAUUCAUAACCUUUUGCUGAUCUUCUCAACUUAUUAAUACACAAUUAAUACAUAUAUAUAUAGAGAGAGAGACAGAGAUGUGAGCUUCCCCCCCCCCCCCCCACAAAAAAAAAAAAAGAAAAAGAAAAGUGCCACCACAGUUCUUUUAUUCCAGCUGUGGAUCAUAUAUUGCUUUGAUAAUUUUAUUUUAUUUUUCACUUAAUUAGAGUCUGACGUGGAUAAACCAAAAAUAGUGAGUUUGUAACUAGUUACCGGUGCUCGGCGUCGGUGAUUAAUUACGGCUAAUAUGAAUGUAAUUCUGUAUAUUUGCAAUUAAUGUUGUAUCUUGAAUUUAAUGGAUGGGUUGUUA